ACAAAGCUUUAUCCAUUUAUCAUCAGCAAGGAAAAACGUUAUAACUUUUCUAAGGAAAUUAAUCGUCAACCUUAUAACUGCCUUUCGAUUCCUAUACCUAAUCCUAAAUCCUAAAAAUGAAGUUAAUAAUUAUGAUCGCUGCGGUUUUUAUACUGGCACUUGUCAAGGUGUCAUCAGCUGCCACAGGUAUAAAAGUUGGACCAAUUACACAUGGAAACUGUGAAUGUAAAGGCGUUGAAAUAAAGGACAAUCGAACGCAAAGGGAAUUUCGUCUAAUUUGUAAGAAAACGGAGAUCAAAGAGGUUAUCGAGAAAAAGAAGAAAAAGAAAGUUUCAGUUGUCGUCUGGGAUACAUCAUGCAUUUAUGGUGGCGAUCCACAUCCAUGCAAAGAGUACAAUAAAAAACAGGAAAAAUACUACCAAGGAUUGCUGAACGUUAUGUCUAAAGACUAUUGCGAUGAAACGUUAAAGAAAGGCGAAUGCAAAAACGUUACAUACAAAGCAGACACAAUUUGUGAAGACAUUAAAUUCACCUUAAAUAAAUAAAUAAAAGUUGUGAGUCCA